UCACAAAAUCCCACAAUAUCACUUGCACUUUUAACAAACCCAACCCCGACCUAACAUAAUGCAAUCACAACCGGAUUCCACCGCGCCGGAAUCCUCAUCACCGCCGUCAUCAUCAUCUUCCGAUGACCCACCACCGUCACAAACCACCCAUCCCCAGAUCCCAUUAACAUACCCAUCAAAUGAAACCCUAACACAAGAAUGGGUAACAAACUUAAUGUCAACACUUGAUUGGUCAUCAAGAAACCUCCGGCCGGCAGAGCUUCCGACAGUCUUGCCGGUGGAAGUGUUCGAUAAAUUGAUACUAAAAGCUCGCAAGAUUUUGCAUGAGGAAGCAAAUUGCGUGAAAAUUGAGCCUGAAAAUGAAAAAGGUGAAGUGGGUGUGGUGGUAGUGGGUGAUGUGCAUGGGCAAUUGCAUGAUGUGUUGUUUUUGAUGAAAGAUGCAGGCUUUCCUUGUGAAAAUAGGUUUUUUGUUUUUAAUGGUGAUUAUGUUGAUAGAGGGGCUUGGGGUCUUGAAACUUUCUUCAUUUUGCUUGCUUGGAAAGUUUUUAUGCCACAUAGAGUUUUUCUACUUCGUGGGAAUCAUGAAUCAAAAUACUGUACCUCAGUAUAUGGAUUUGAAAAGGAAGUAUAUGCCAAGUAUGGUGACAAAAGUACAGGAAAGCAUGUUUAUCGUAAAUGUUUAGGAUGUUUUGAAGGACUUCCUCUCGCUUCCAUUAUAGCAGGGCGUGUUUAUACAGCACAUGGAGGGAUUUUCCGUAAUAUACCUGCUAUUCCAUCAAAACGAGCCAAAGGUAAAAAGAACCGUAAAGUUAUUCUGAAUCCAGAGCCGGUUCCUUUAUCUCUUGGUUCUAUGGAGGAAUUACUUAAAGCUAGACGAACGGUACUAGACCCUCCUUGGGAAGGCCAGAAUUUAAUUCCCGGGGAUGUUUUGUGGUCUGACCCUUCUAUGAAAUCUGGCCUUUCUCCAAACAAAGAAAGAGGUAUCGGCCUUUUGUGGGGUCCAGACUGCACCCAAGACUUCUUAAAAGAAUUCGGUCUCAAGUUAAUUAUCAGAUCUCAUGAAGGUCCUGAUGCAAGAGAAAAAAGGCCUGGUCUUGGAGGAAUGGAUGAAGGGUACACUAUUGAUCAUGUUGUCCCAUCUGGGAAACUGAUCACUGUCUUCAGUGCUCCUGACUAUCCACAGUUUCAGGCAACAGAAGAACGGCACAAUAAUAAAGGAGCAUAUAUAGUCUUGAAAUCCCCUAAUUUUGACACCCCUAUAUUUCAUACUUUUGAAGCUGUCACGCCAAGACCCAAGGCGAACCCAUACUAUGACUUUGAAGACGUGAUUGAUUCCGAUGAAGAAUUAGAUCUAAUGAUGAUGGUGGAAAAGCUUCCUGAAUGAGUCCAUCAUCUGCUGUAAUUUUACCAUGGAACUAUUUCCUCAUUUUGAACUUUUUGUUCCUUUCUUCCUCGCAUCUAUUCUUUAUUGCAUGGUUGUUGGUAUAGGGAGGAAGUUAACUGCCCUUGCAAAAUCUCAAAUGUAGAUUGUUAUAUCAAGUUUGUGUAUAUGUAUACAUUGGGCAGCCAUAAGUCAUUUUCUCAGAACAAAUGAUGCUAAUGAGGUUUGAAAUUCAUGCCCAGGAAAUUGUACAUUUUUUUUUUUAGAACAGCCAGAGGAAAUUGUACUUUGUUGUUCUCGUAUAACAGGUUGUAAUUUUUGUAUCUUAAA